CUGUCUUCCCCCGGCCCGAGCGGCGGCGGCGGCGGUGUUUGAGUGCGGGAAGAUGGCGGCUCGGGGCGGCUCGGGGCUGCCCCGGCUCUGAGCGCCCCGAGUGCUGCGAGCGCGGCCGGAGGCGCGGCCAGGCUCCGCCGGCCCUGUCCGCGGCUCCGUCUCCGCCGAGCGAACCCGAGAGCGUGGCGCGGGCCGGGCCAGCUAACGAGUGGAAUGUCAUGGCCAGCUCCUCAGACAGUGAAGAUGACAGUUUCAUGGCUGUGGACCAAGAAGAAGCUGUGCUGGAAGGGACAAUGGAGCAAGAUGAGGAGCCCCAUCCAGUAUUAGAGGUUGACGAGACCAGACAUCAUCGGGCCAUGUCUGAGUUGCCUGAAGAGGUCUUAGAGUAUAUCCUGUCUUUUCUCUCACCGUAUCAAGAACACAAAACUGCAGCCCUUGUCUGCAAACAGUGGUAUCGACUUAUCAAAGGUGUGGCCCACCAGUGUUACCAUGGCUUCAUCAAGGCUGUCCAGGAAGGAAACAUUCAGUGGGAGAGUCGGACUUACCCUUACCCUGGAACCCCGAUCACUCAGCGGUUCUCGCACAGUGCAUGCUAUUAUGAUGCUAAUCAGUCUAUGUACGUGUUUGGAGGCUGCACCCAGAGUAGCUGCAAUGCUGCCUUCAAUGACCUUUGGAGACUGGACCUAAACAGCAAAGAGUGGAUCCGACCUUUGGCUUCAGGGUCCUACCCUUCCCCCAAAGCUGGAGCGACUCUGGUUGUAUACAAGGACCUGCUGGUGCUGUUUGGUGGCUGGACGCGGCCAAGCCCUUAUCCCCUGCACCAACCAGAGAGAUUCUUUGAUGAAAUACAUACCUACUCUCCCUCGAAAAACUGGUGGAACUGUAUUGUGACCACCCAUGGGCCACCUCCCAUGGCCGGCCAUUCCUCCUGUGUGAUAGAUGAUAAGAUGAUUGUCUUUGGAGGCUCCUUAGGAUCUCGACAAAUGAGCAAUGAUGUCUGGGUUCUUGACCUUGAGCAGUGGGCCUGGUCCAAGCCGAACAUUUCCGGCCCCAGUCCUCAUCCUCGGGGCGGCCAAUCUCAGAUCGUCAUAGAUGAUACAACUAUUUUAAUCCUCGGAGGGUGCGGCGGCCCCAAUGCUCUGUUCAAGGAUGCCUGGUUGCUGCACAUGCACUCAGGUCCCUGGGCCUGGCAGCCUCUGAAGGUCGAAAAUGAAGAUCACGGGGCUCCAGAGCUCUGGUGCCACCCGGCUUGUCGGGUGGGGCAGUGUGUGGUGGUCUUCAGCCAGGCUCCUAGUGGGAGAGCCCCACUCAGCCCGAGUUUGAACUCUCGCCCGUCACCCAUCAGUGCCACUCCUCCGGCCCUGGUUCCCGAAACCCGAGAGUACCGCUCUCAGUCUCCAGUCCGGAGCCUGGAGGAAGCCCCCUGUGUUAACGGCCGCUGGGGAACGCUGCGGCCCAGGGCUCAGAGACAGACCCCCUCGAGUUCCCGGGAAGGGAGCCUGUCCCCAGCCAGAGGUGACGGCUCCCCCGUCCUCAAUGGCGGGAGUUUGUCUCCAGGAACAGCAGCUGUUGGUGGCUCUUCCCUGGACAGUCCUGUGCAGGCCAUCUCUCCUAGCACCCCGUCCGCCACCGAAGGCUAUGAGCUGAAGAUGGGCCUCUCUCUGGGCCCCCGGCGUGGGUCACUGCCAGAUCAGAAAGAUCUGAGGCUAGGCUCCAUAGAUCUGAAUUGGGAUCUGAAACCCACCUCCAGUAGCAAUCACACGGACGGCGUGGACAGCAGGACAGUGGGGGGGAGUGUGAGGCACCCUCCUGAACAGACGAACGGUGUGCAUACCCCGCCACACGUGGCCAGCGCCCUGGCCGGAGCCGUCUCCCCAGGGGCCCUGCGUCGGAGCCUGGAAGCCAUCAAGGCGAUGCCCGCCAAAGGCCCCUCAGCCUCUGCGGCUCUCAGUCCCCCGCUGGGGUCUUCUCCGGGCUCCCCCGGGAGCCAGAACCUGAGCAGUGGCGAGACCGUGCCCAUUCCUCGCCCGGGGCCUGCCCAAGGAGACGGACAUUCCUUACCUCCCAUUGCCCGCCGCCUGGGCCACCACCCGCCACAGUCGCUAAAUGUUGGUAAGCCCUUGUACCAGAGUAUGAACUGCAAGCCCAUGCAGAUGUACGUGCUGGACAUUAAAGACACUAAGGAAAAGGGGAGGGUCAAAUGGAAAGUAUUUAAUAGCAGCUCUGUGGUCGGGCCGCCUGAAACCAGCCUGCACACAGUGGUGCAGGGCAGGGGGGAGCUCAUCAUCUUUGGAGGACUCAUGGACAAGAAGCAGAAUGUGAAGUACUAUCCAAAAACAAACGCCUUGUACUUUGUGCGAGCAAAGAGAUAAUGUGCUCUGAACCCGUUUCCCUUUUUUGUGGCUUUUAAUUUGAAGUUUCCAAUGCAUAAGCAUUUGGACUGAGAAUUGGGGAAGACAAAAGGACAGAAUUCCUCUCCCAUAAACCAAAACCCCAAUUCCCAACUCACUCACUCUAGGCUGGGAUCAAAUCUCCAUUAAGAAAGAAAUUAUAUAUAAAUAUAUAAAUAUAUAUUAUAUAGCCAACUCUGUUUACAAAGAGGGAGAGAUCUCUGUCCUGGUUCAGAUAGAUUUAAAAAAAAAAAAUGUUGCUGUGUUUUAGCAGAGGCUGUGCUGCCUUUUUCUACUUUGCUGGUAACUAGACCAAGACUUUCCGGGAACAGCUCGCUAGCCGAACUUUCCUCAGUAAACUGAAGAGCCCUCUGUAAAUCUCUCUGUGGCCUUCUCAGAGUUAGAAGAAGGAAAGGGCCCGUGUGUGUCGAGUACACAGUGGAGGAUUCUGAUUUCACAGCUUUAGGUGCUGGCAGGGUAAAAGUCACUUUUAGGAAACUGUCCUUCCCUCUCUCUGCAAACUCGAGGGCCCGUGAAAUCUCUUUGCAGCCGUGCCCUCACCUGGCCCCGUCUGCCUGUCCUGUCUGAGGAGCGACAGCCAGCUAGGGUGUGUGUCCGUGCCAGGAUCAUCGUGAAACCUUGUUUCCGUGGCAAUGCCUGUCCACCUCGUGUCUGUUGGUCUUUGGAGCGCUCCCUCCAUAUCUCAAAACAUGUUUUGUUGUCUGUGUGUGGAAUUUUUCUGAAAACUGUGUUUUGGUUGCAAGUUGCCAAAAUCCACAUUUGUUUUCUUUCUUUACUUCCUUUCAAACUUGAGUCUCAGAGGCUACUUCUUCCGUAUAUUUCUUCCUCUUCUUUCCGUCCCCUCCCCUCCUGGAAACCUUUCUCGUUUCUUUUUUCUUUCACAGAAUGCAGGUGCCCAGAGAAAUCUCUCGGAAAUAGCUCUGGAACCCUUUCUCUAGUGUUACUAUGGUGAGAAAUCCUUGAAGCAUCCAAAGAUACUCUGUGGGCUGCUUUACACUUGGAAACACUUGUUGGGCACAUUCAUUAUGUUAGUAGGAUGUAGAAAUUGACCCAGAAAAAAAAUUCCACCAACAUUUCCUCCAAGAAAUUAUUUUUCUCCUUGUGACAUCUAUUCUUGAGGGGACCUGGCCCUUGACUGGUUUUUGGGUUGAGAAUUUCGUGUGUAGCCUCUUCUCUGAAGCCAGCCUCAGAAGCAGGGCCUACCUGUGUGUCUCCCAGACACGGUUUCCGACUUUCACAGCCUCUCAGAAGGCGCAGCCAACUAGAGCAUUUCAUGAGUUGAUAGAUGAAGUAACAAAUUAACCAGCCUCUAAAUCAUGGCCCAGGCUUAGGAAACCUCAAAAGAAGUCAAAUGGUAUCCCUCAAAUGUGGAUUUUGGCGACUCCUAUGUAGAAAGAGGAUUUUUUUUUUUUUGCCUUAUGGAUCUAAAAUUUUAAAACCUCAUAGCUUCCAUCCCCAUAUUCCUCUUUUUCCUGCUCGCAGUUCCCAAGCACAAGCCUGAUGCAGCUGGCCCUGAGUCCUGGCCCUCAGCCAGCUCUCUGCAGGCUGUCUGAUAAGCGUGUUUUCUCUUGUUACAUCAUGUUGAAUCCUUUCCCCUCAUCAGUAGCUUUUUACAGUGUGGUCUUGGUGGGAAAAACCCCCUGGUGCCAAGCACAGGAAAGGGCCGGCUCACGGGGAGGGAUCCGUGCUCCCUCAGCUGAGGAAACUGCCACGUGCCUCUUUGCGACCAUGUGCAGCUGCUUGUAGUUGGGCGCCGCGAUUUCCCAGUCCCUGUUCCGGGGGCUGUUGUGAGUCCUUUGGCAAAGACUGUGAGCUCACGUGGGGUCCUUCUUUACAAAGAGAGAGCUAGCCUAGAAGAUGAGCAAAGCGGACCUCGCUGCUAACGCCGAACCUUGUUUGUGACAUUGCAUUUGUGCAUGGACCGUGCCUCCAAACUCACUUCCUGUUUGAAUCUAAAGUAUUUGGAAGCCUGAGGAAUCAGAUGCGUAACUUCGUCUUUCCCUUUGUCCUGUGGUCUUCAUCAGCCAGCUGUUAACUCGUGGAUCCCUUUUCCUUCCCUCAAGGAGGUAGGCCAGAGGGAGGCCGAUUCUCCUGGCAAGUUCCCAGCUGAGGCCUCAGAACCCCAGUAUUGCCCGCCCCUCUCGGAGACGGACUGUCUGUUUACAGCCUUGGAGGAAACUCUGCCCUGCGUGCAGCUGCUGGUGUCCGUCUUGGUGGCUCCCAGGGCCUGUGGCCAUGGCCCUUGGGAGGCGGCAGACCAGUCCAGGUGACUGUCUCCUCAGCAGCCUCGGCUUGUCUGCUGAGGUGAGCAUUCCCCAGCAGAGCAGACUGCGCCCUAACUCCAGUUUUGACAUGAUGCCAAUUUUGUCUUAAAAUUCACUGGGGGGAAAAUUAGACAAAAUAUGCUAUUUUAAACCCUCAGGAGCACCUGAAGCAAAUAUGUAUCAGUAUUUAAGUAUUCAGAAUGCAUUUUGUUUCUACUUGAAGCUUUAACCCCUUCCAUUAGCCCCUGCGAGUGUGCCUUUCCCCCCAUCCCGACUUCACCAGCCGCCUGGCUGAGCUCCUGUGAGAAUUGUAGCCUCUCCCCCAUCCUCACUAGCGCCUCUUGUUUCACUCCUUUUGCAGGCUGUGCAGCAGAGGGUUCGAUGUUUCCCGUUUGUAUUCUUCCCCUUCUGCAGUUAGGUGGGCUGGGGCACAUCAGCCACCCUCCCCCUACACUAAGCCUCUAAGCAAGCUCAAACUUACAUGUCAGGCAAUGUUGGACUUAACUCUUCCCAGUCCUCUGCGGAUCGAUCGACUUUGAGUUUUAUGUCGAAAUCGUGGCCUAUCCUAGGAACUGUGCUGGGACUCUUAAGACACGAAAGAAGAUGACGAAAGGAAACCAGCUUUAGAAGUCUGGACUUUGGAGGACAGAAAGCCACCCGCUGAUGGAGAACGAAGGGAUGCUUCCCUCUCCUUUCACUUGGUCUUUCCGGAUUCCCUUCUGCCUUGCUUCUUUCCUUGCCCCCCACCCCACCCCCAAGUGAUUACUCCUGUUUGUUUUGUCUGUCGGUCCUUGUCCUUGUGAUCCUGGCAUGGUGAUAACCUCUGCUUGGCAUUGUCUGAGAGGGAGGAUCUGGACAUACCCAGGGGCAAGGACAUGGAGCUCCCAGGCCUCGCCCCCCACAGCCUCCCCCCGAACACCACAGAAGGCAUGUCCUGCAUGCUGUCCUGGAAGCAGCUCGGCUCCCCCUGCUCAUUGUCUGAUGAGACUCGCCCUUCGGUGUUGGUUCCGUCUCUCCUCUCGCCUCACUCUCCCCUCCCACCAACCAGGGGUCCUGUCAGCGCACACCGCGUGCCCUGGCGAAGCUGGUGCUGUGAGUGAUGUCCCCUCACGACUCAGGAGUCCCGGGAGACGUCCCCUGAGAUGAUCAUUUUAGGCACAUAACAGUGUAGGAAUGAAAAGUGGAUUUCACUGAUAUUUAAAUCUGUCGAUUUCUUUUCUUUUCUUUUUUUUUUUUUUUGGUUAAUGUUUUACCCCUGAUGACUUUUUAGCAAUUUAACAAAUAAAACAAAAUGGACAGA